AGUUUAACCUUUUUCCAGUAAAGUUGACGUGUUUGGAAGGUUUUAUUUCAUUCAUUUUUCAGAUCAAUUAGUGCUCCAUAUCUAGCGUUAUUAAUCUUUUGAUAAAUAUAUAAAAGCGUUAAAUUAACGACCAUGUUUUACUCGUACACUCUUGGUAUUUUAUUGUUCGUCGCGGGAUCUUAUGCUUUGUAUGAUUCAUCGUCUGAUGUGGUAGAACUAACUCCGAGUAAUUUCGAUAGACUCGUCACAAAAUCUGAUGAAGUGUGGAUAGUUGAAUUUUUCGCUCCAUGGUGUGGGCACUGUAAAAACCUGGUUCCUGAAUAUAAAAAGGCUGCUCGAGCAUUAAAGGGCAUCAUAAAAGUUGGAGCAAUAGAUGCAGAUCAAUACAAAGAGUUUGCUCAGAAGUAUGGAGUCACAGGAUUCCCAACUAUCAAGGUGUUUACUGGUAGCAAGCAUACACCGUACCAAGGACAAAGAACUGCAGAAGCUUUUGUAGAUGCAGGUAUUAAGGCAGCUAAAGAAAAAGCUUAUGAUAACCUCGGAAAGAAAUCUAGUGGAUCAUCAUCUGAUAAGUCAGAUGUAAUCACUCUUACGGAUAGCAACUUCAAAGAGCUGGUGCUAGACAGUGAAGAUCUUUGGUUAGUGGAGUUCUUUGCGCCCUGGUGUGGACAUUGCAAGAAUCUUGAGCCACACUGGGCCAAGGCUGCUACAGAACUUAAGGGCAAGGUUAAAUUAGGAGCUUUAGAUGCAACAGUACACCAAGCAAUGGCCUCCCGCUACCAAGUACAAGGUUAUCCCACUAUCAAGCUGUUCCCUGCUGGCAAGAAGACAAGUGAUUCUGUAGAAGACUAUAAUGGCGGCAGAACUGCUAGCGAUAUUGUAGCGUGGGCUCUUGAGAAACUUGCUGAGAACAUUGCCCCACCAGAAAUUGUACAGGUAGUAAAUGAAGAAACAAUGAAGGCCUGCAGUGAAAAACCUUUGUGUGUGGUAUCAAUUUUACCUCAUAUUUUGGACUGCAAUGCCGCUUGCCGCAAUGAUUACAUUUCCAUAUUGACUCGUCUAGGAGAAAAAUACAAAAACAAGAUGUGGGGAUGGGUAUGGACUGAAGCAGGUGCACAGCCCGCGUUAGAAGAAGCCCUUGAGUUAGGAGGCUUCGGUUACCCUGCAAUGGCGGUAGUUAAUGCUAAGAAACUGAAAUUCUCUACUCUUCGAGGCUCGUUCUCAGAAUCUGGCAUUAAUGAAUUCCUCAGGGACCUUUCUUUCGGUCGUGGUCAAACAGCACCAGUUAAAGGUGCAGAAAUGCCAAAGAUCGUCACCACUGAACCUUGGGAUGGCAAGGACGGUGAACUACCGCCUGAAGAAGAUAUCGACCUGUCCGAUGUCGAUCUCGAGAAAGAUGAAUUAUAAGUAAAGAAGAGUACGUGUACUUAAUCUAAGACUGCUGCUGGAGUGUUGUGCGUCGCUAAUAUUCUGUGGUCGCUAAACACAGUUCCAAGAUGAUAUACUAUUUGAACAUGAUGAUAAUAAUAUAAUUUGUCAGAUAAUGUCAAACAUCACUAUAGUUAUAAGUUACAAAUAGUCCAAUGCUUUCAAUUAAUUUUGUCCCCACUUAAUUUUAUAAAAUACUAGCGAUCCGCCCCGUCUUCGCACGGGUGAUUUCUGUAUCUCGACAACAGCGUCACCUUCCGGGUCUAUAUGUAAAUCUAAACCAUCUAGGGCCCAUUCAAACACACACUAAAAAUUUCGUCAAAAUCGGUAGAGCCGUUUUUGAGUUGAAUGGACAGCAAUUGACGUUUAUAUAUAGAGAUUUGGCUUAAAUAAACAGUUUAUUUUGAAAUUUACUUUCCACAAUUUUUACAUUUUAAAACUAACUUACUAAAUUGUCUUUUGUUUGGAAAUUUUAUUUCAGUAGCUUGAAAGGCUUGCAAUUGCAUUUAGCUAAAAUUCUAUUUAAGGCAUUAUAACAUAUUAACAUAACGCAACAUAUUUUAAUGUAUUUGGAAGUUUCCAUUAAAGACAAAAUUUGUAAUUGUACAAAUAUAUUAACAUAUCCAAAAUGUAUCUAGUAUAGGCUUAAUCUUAAGGUGAUUUCUUAAAAGAUUUAUUUUCUAUAUAAAAAUAUGGUGAUAAUUUCCUUACUUUUAACUGUGGAAUAACAUGUGUAUGUGGUAGAGAGAGAAUUUUGAAUAAAAUAAACUGGAUAUUAUCACUUAUAAAAUACUUCAAUUAUAUAUUUUGUAAUUUAAAUUAGGUAUAAUAGCGUUUGACUGCUCAUCUUCCAGUGUGUAAUGAAAAUUUUGAUAUAAUUAAAUUAAUUUUCGCCAUAUUUUGAUACCAUAAAAAUGGCUAAUAAAUUUUUAAUAAUC